GUUCAGUUGCAUGCCUAUCACAGCCGGUGACAGUUGCCUAUAGCCAGUAGAUCAGACCAGCUCAGUGUGUUACAAAAUAAAAGCGGCUGCAGUCCUCACAAGCACAAGUGGCAUCAAGUCAAUUCUGAAAUAAAACCAAAAUCAUGGCCAAUAUACGACCACUUACGCCAGAGUUGGCCAAACGUGCCAAAGAGGAGUUGGGUGAAGUGCCCGAACGCAUCGAUGCAGAUAUACAACAACUACGCGAUUGGAUAUUGAAGCAGCCACAUCUCACCGCUCGUACGGAUGAUCAAUUUUUAGUAGCAUUUCUGCGCGGCUGCAAAUAUAGUGUGGAGAAGGCGAAACAUAAGUUCGAUAACUACUAUGCCAUGAGAGGUGCGGUGCCCGAAUUGUAUAAGGAUCGUUUCGUUAAUGAUGCAGCGAUUGAUAUUCUACGAUCGGGUGUCUACUUACCUCUGCCAAAACCAAUAGCACCCGAUGGUCCACGGAUUCAUGUCUCUCGCUAUGGUGUUUUCGACAGCAGCAAAUAUUCUAUGAGUGAUAUCAUCAGGGUACGCACAAUGCUUGGCGAUAUACAAUUCCGCGAAGAUGACAAUGCCAUGGUCAUGGGUUUCAUGGAGGUGAUAGACUUUAAAGGUGUCAGCCCUGGACACAUUUUCCAUUUUAAUGCGGUGUUGGUGAAAAAGAUUUCAGUACUUGGCGACAAAGCGUGGCCAUAUCGUCCCAAAGGCUUUCAUUUUAUUAACGCUCAUUCAAGCUGUGAAAAAUUUUUGAACAUUACCAAGAGUUUGAUGAGCGAUAAGAUUAAGAAGCGUUUCCACGUACACUCUAACUUGGAGUCGCUCUACGAACAUAUACCGAAAGAGUCGCUACCAGCUGAAUAUGGCGGCACCAAUGGCACACUGGAAAGUGUCAUUAACGGCUGGGAAAAGAAACUGCUUAGUUAUAAGGAAUAUUUUGAGGAGGAGGCAAAAUAUGGAACGAAUGAGAAAUUACGUCGUGGCCGUCCAGUUAAUUCCGAAUCGCUAUUCGGCAUUGAUGGCUCAUUUAGAAAAUUGGAUAUUGAUUAGUUUGAUUACUUGUUAAUUUUAGUUAUUUAAAUGGAAUUUUAAAUGUUCAUGCUUUAUGUACAAUUUAGUUAAUUUAAUGAAGUUCUGAAGUUUACAGUAUUUGUAAAUGCGUGUUGGCAAAAUGGAACUGAAAAAAAGGAAAAUUAAAAAAAGAGACUCCAAGUGGUUGUCUCCAGAAUUUA